AUGAAAGAGAAAGAAGCUCUUGAGAAAGAAAAGGACAGGGAAUUCAAUAAAAGAGCUAAGUCUGUAGAAAAAGGUCAAAUUUCAAUGGUCAGAUACGUGUGGGCAAAGUUGAAGAAGAGGUUGACUUCUGCUCCAUUUUUGAUGCUACCAGAGGGAACCGAAGGGUUCGUGGUAUAUUGUGAUGCUUCGAGAAUUGGUCUCAGAUGUGUCUUAAUGCAACUUGAUGAGGUUGUAGCUUAUGCAUCCCAUCAGCUUAAGGCUCAUGAAAAGAAUUAUCCGACUCAUGACUUGGAAUUGGCAGCUGUGCAAAAAGAGUUGAACCUUAAGCAGAGGAGGUGGCUCGAAUUGCUUAAAGAUUAUGAUGUAGAGAUCCUCUAUCACCCAGGGAAGGCAAACAUUGUAGUCGAUGCUCUUCGUUGGCAUUCCAUGGGAAGUUUAGCUCAUGUUGAGGCAGAUAAGAGAAUUAUGACCACGGAAGUUCACCGCUUAGCUAACCUAGGAGUACGAGUCUUGGACUCCAAAGAUGGUGGAGUUGUUGUUCAGAACAGGGCUUAUUCCUCCUUAGUGGCAGAAGGGAUUUACAAGCAUAAGACAACGGAUUUUGAACAAGGGGAAGAUGAUGAUACCUUAAGGUACCGCGACAAAUUAUGUGUUCCAGAUUUUGAUGAGCUUAGAGAGCGAAUUAUUUCAGAAGCUCACAAUUCCAAGUAUUCCAUCCACCCAGGUUCCACGAAGAUGUAUCAUGACCUUAAGGAAAUUUGUUGGUGGAAUGAUAUGAAAAAGAAUGUAGAAGUUUUUGUGGCUAUGCGUCCGAAUUGUCAGCCAGUGAAAGCUAAGCACCAGAGUCCUGUGUUCCAUGUAUCCAUGUUGAGAAAGUGUGUGGGGGACCCGUCUUUGGUUGUUCUUGCUGACAAUAUAAUGGUUAAGGAUGGCCUAACCUAUGAAGAAAUCCCCGUAGCCGUUCUUGAUCGUCAGGUUCGCAAGUUGAGAACUAAGGAUGUAGCCUCAGUAAAUGUCUUGUGGAGGAUUCAGAAAGUUGAAGAGGCUACAUGGGAAGCCGAAGAGGACAUAAAAUCCAGAUAUCCUCAUUUGUUUGAAGAACAAGCAGAAAACAUUCAAUUUAAAUAA